AAAUCCACGAGUCCUGAGCUCUCUGUACUCUUGACAGAGAGCACAUGGAAGGCAGCAGAAGUGGACCAGACAGUCUGCACAUGGUUGCUGCGGUGGGUCGUAUUGGGCCCUUAUCUUGGAGCGAUAAAAGCACGAACUGUCUGGUCCACUUCUGCUACCUUCCAUGUGCUCUCUGUCAAGAGUACAGAGAGCUCAGGAAUCGUGGAUUUGACGUGAGCAUAGAUCUGGAAUCACUACCAAAUAUUCUACAAAAGAAGUAUGCAUUGAUCCGUGAUCUGGACAAAAGUUUGCAAGGUAUCCUUUAAAGAGACGAUUAUUUGGCUUUUAUUGUUUUUUGUUCUGUUUUUGCUAAAUCUUUAGUUUGCAAUUGUCAUCCCUUUUUUCCUGGACAGUGCUUUACUUGACACUAUCAGAUUCUUUUAGCAUUUGCCAUCUAAGAUGUGGGUGGAAUUUGUCUAGCUUUUGCAGAGGCACAUUAUAUUUUAAGGUCAAAAGUUAUGGGAAUUACGAUGUUCUGUCUGUAUAGUAUUAUUUUAUGGCUACUUAUGUUUCAGUAUUUCAUAAUUGGACUGGUAACCAAUAAGUCACAGUUAAUUAU